AUGCGUGAGGUUCCAACCCCAGGCGCGCGGGAGCCGAAUGAGAGCAGCGACAAGGACCCGCUGUUCGCGGAGCAGGAGUUGGCGGCCCUCGGCAGCGCGGAAUGCGGCGGGGAAGUAAAGGCGGCGGUGGCCCCAGCGGCCUUGUCGCUUGCGGAGCGGCGGCUGAAGGAGCUGAAUGAGAUGCGAGCGGAGCGUGUGGCCAGGCGCCGCAACCCCGAAAACAUUUUCCUGCGGGCGAUGCAUGUAGUUAUGCCCUACGGCGGCAUCGUGUCCUCCGCCUUCAACCUCGCCAGCUCGACGCUUGGCGCCGGCAUCGUCGCGCUGCCCGCCGCGUUCCAAAUGUCUGGGAUCCUCAUGAGUGUUUUGUACCUCCUCCUCGUGGCGUCGAUGGUGGUGUAUUCCUUUGUGCUGCUCACCAUCGUCGGCGAGCGGACGGGGCUGCGCAGCUACGAGAAGGUGACACGGCUGCUGCUGGGCCGCGGCGCAGACCAUCUCUUGGCGGUUCUCAUGUGGCUCCUCUGCUUCGGCGGGGACGUGUCGUACGUCAUCUCCAUGCUGGGAAUUAUUGGCGGGUUCGUCAACAACUCCGACUCCGCGCCGGAGUACCUGAAGACGCUCUCCGGCAACCGACUGCUCACCGGCAUUGUGUGGCUCUUCCUCAUGCUUCCGCUUUGCCUGCCGAAGGAAAUCAAUUCGCUGCGCAUUGUUUCCACCAUCGCCGUCCUGUUCAUUGUCUUGUUUGUCAUCUGCAUCGUCAUACACGCGGCGCAAAACGGCCUUAAGCAUGGGGUGAGGGAUGACAUUGUGUUCUUUCAGACCGGCAAUCAGGCCAUUACCGGGCUCUCCAUUUACCUUUUUGCCUACGUGAGUCAGGUAAACUGCUAUGAGGUCUAUGAGGAGCUGUACAAGCCCAGCGUGAGACGCAUGACGAAGAGCGCCAUUGGGGGAACGCUGCUCUGCAUGGUCUUGUACCUCGUCGCUGGUGUGUUUGGGUAUUUGGACUUUGGCCCCGCGGUGACCGACUCCGUGCUUGUGCUGUACAACCCUGUGGAGGACAAACUGAUGGGGGUCGCCUACGCCGGCAUCAUCCUGAAGCUCUGCGUCGGCUACGGCCUCCACAUGAUUCCCUGCCGCGACGCCCUCUACCACCUCCUCAACCUCGACGUGAGGUCGAUGCCGUGGUGGAAGAACUCGUUGAUCUGCUCCACACUGGCGUUCACCUCCCUCAUGGCCGGCCUCUUCAUCCCACGCAUCACCACCGUCUUUGGGUUGCUUGGCUCCCUCUGCGGUGGCUCCAUCGGCUACGUGUUCCCCGCGCUAAUGUUUAUGUACUGCGGCAACUUCAACCGCCGCUCCGUCGGAUGGGGGCACUUCAUUGGGGCGUACCUGCUGCUGCUCGUUGGCGUCGUCGCCAUUGUCUUUGGCACCAUUGCUGCCUUCUACGCCGAGCUGAGUGCCGUCUAG